AUGGACGAUUCACCAUAUGCAGAUACGAGCGGCCUGCUGGUCACAGCCGCCAAUCCGGCGCAUGAUGACUUGCCGGGGAUAGAUCACAGUCGCUCUGAGGGCCGCCCGCCUACAAAAUUACAUGGCAUCAACAAGACCUUCUUCACCGCCUACGGGAAUGCCGCCGAGGCACUUCGCAAACAACUCAACCCCUCGCUAAUUGCUUUUCUUGCCGCCGCUCAGCUGCCUCCUAAUGACCACGACAAUAUUAAUUCUGCGCCAUUCCUGAUCUGUCUGUAUUAUCCCAACAUCGGUCACGGGGGAGAACGAGGAGGCGGCCUUUUAUAUCACCAAGGCCAUCAUCGAGCCGCUGUGUUGAUGCACAUGGACGACUAUGACUAUGUGCUGCCAUUUGAGGCGCAUAGAGAGCUUUGGCAUCCUCUCGAGACGGUCCUUUCCAACUGGAUCAGUCUUAUUCAUCUUGGAAAGGCUAUUGUCACAGCCUCGCCUAGAGAUGAGCCUGGUCUCUUUGGCAACGAAAAAAUUGGACCUUGGGAAUGGAGGCCGUAUAGCGAGGCUCAAGUUUCUAGUUGCGUAGACGCAUGGAAUCAGCUCUGUGAAGCCAUCGAGGAACGUAUCCCAUCAAAAGGCAGCAAUAUUGAUACGAACAGUCCUCAGCCUUUACUCGCCUCCAGUGCCUUGGAUACGGCAUCAAUCCCGGAUCCUUGUUUUGCUCGCUCAUUUCUGACCAGCGCACGCCGGCCCUGCUUCCAGCGCAUCGCACCCGGUCUUUUCUUGCCUCCUGCUGACGCCGCAGCGUUUGCGGCAAUACAGCCAUUCACCGGAUUGCCUCGCUCUCAUGGUGCGGUAAUACCACCGGUAUGCCUCUUCCCCGCCGCACCAUGCGAGCGUGAAGCUGUCUUGACGGCAUCAUCAAGCCCCUUUUGCGGCGACUUCCGUCCCACACCCGCCAAUUCGGCCGUCCCGUCCAAAGUCAGGGCAGGCGUGUACAGUGAGUCCGUGGAUAGAAACUCGGGUCACGACUACGCGGAGGAGGGGUUUCGGCUGCUUCUUCCGUACGGCUUCGACAACGAUUGGAAUGGCAGUGAUGGCGCCCGCAAAAGCGACGGUUCGCUUAUUGACAGAGGCAAGCUGGCGGAUCUCUUUCAGCAUGGAUACAAGCCUUUUGGGGGAGACUAUUAUCGCCCUCAGCGUCUAGAGCGUCUACUAGACUGUUGGUGCAAGCUGAUCGAGGAGGGCGUCUGGUCUGUUGGGCCGGAAGGCGUACAAGGAACCAUCGACAAGUUCAAGGAUGCGGGGACGACACAUUGGAGAGACUAUGUCAUCCCGCUGACUUGGUGA